AUGCCGAAUACAUCGCGACGAACAAAACGACCCCCAAAACGAACCCAAGUGACCGACGAGAACGGCUGGACCCAUGUGACAAGCGGCGGCAACGUGCGGCGCGUAAUGCGCAGCCGGCCAGACAGCACUGGAACGUCCGACCCAUCCUUUGAGCCUGUGCUAGCUCCUGCAGAGGCACCAGCUCGACUGACAAUUACCCAGCUGCAGACCCAGUUCCGGGAGCAUAGUGAGAAAUGGGAGGGGUCGGAGACUUGGGUCAAAUUGGCGGGGGUGUUGGGGAAGAAAUUAAGAGAAAGGGGGAGUGAACAACCUUCUGGUACCUCUCAGUCUGAGCCGGCAUCCGGCCCUGUGGACGCCAUUGUAUGCAUUGGCCUCGGGAGUCCGAGUGGGUUCCUGCGUGAUGGCUGGACUGAUAGGCGGAGUGUGUCUAUGUACCAGCUUGCUGCCUUGGUGAGCAUCAAGGAUACGAUUGCGGUCCAACCUCUUAGGGUUUACGCCCAGGAUCCCGUCUUCAACCACCUGGACAAAGCCCUCCUCGAAGAUCUCAACAUUGAAGUCCUCGCCCAUCCCCAAGCCUUUUCACACAUAACACAAAGCACACUCCUUUUCUGUCCCGGCGCAGAAAGGAAACAUCUCGAACUCCUUCUACCUUCCAAGCCGUGGGUGGUAUUCGGUGGCCCACUUGAGCAUGCCACUGCGGAUGCUGAAGGAGCUUUACAGACUUUCGUCGAUUCCACUGGUUCAUACUGUUUACCUGAAUUUGGGCCAUCGGAGCAUGCUUUUUGGAACAUGAGGCUUUAUUGGGUUGAGAGGGAGCGUGAACAGGAGCAGAAAAAAGAUUGA